CAAACAAAACCAAUUCAGGUGCAGAAUUACAUGGAAGUGUCUACAGGGGCUGGCAAUAAGAUGCCUUUCAGCUGGAAGAUAAAGGAUUAUUUGGAAGAUCUUCGGGUUCAUGCACAACAUAUUACUAAUAAUGAAGCCCAUGUAGAGAAGUUUCUAGACAUCUUUCAGCAGACACCCCUGGGGCAACACAUUGCUUGCUACUCGGAGGAAGAGAAGGCCAUCUUUUUUCACUGCUAUGUCAGAGACUUUAUUCUCCUGGCAAUGGGUGUGACUUCAGAGAGGGAACUAAAUAUGUUGCAAGCGGCCCUCUUGUCAUGUGUGGAAGAAAUGAAGGCCGCCUCUUCUGGUGCAGGAACAAGAGUAUCCUCCCUUCCUUGGGUCCACCUUGGUUAUCAUCAGUUUAGGAGUCGUCUGCAGAACUUUUCCCGGAUUCUUGCUGUUUACCCUGAAGUGCUUCAUACCCUUGAAGAAAGAGAAAAGAACAGAAGCUGCACAUUGCCCAGUCAAAUGGUGCUAGAUGUGUUUGCUGCGCUGGCCUGUACUGAAAUGUUAUCCUCGGCAGUCCUGACAUGGAAAACUCGUGCAUGGCUCCAGAAGGUGAAGGACCUUCAAAUGCCCAUUGAAUUUGUAUGUGCAGCAAAUUGCAGCCAAGGCAGUGGAAGCCAAUGCAGCCAAAUGCUUCAAGAGGUCAAGAACCAAUGGAAUAGGGUGUUCUCAGUGUCCCUCUUUGUGGAGCAUUUGCUGCUUGGAGCAGAAACUCUGAUUCCAGAACUGAAGGAGCUGGUGAAGAAGUAUAUCAUGAAACUUAACAACGUAAGAAUGAUAGCUUCACCUGAUUGGAAAUAUUACUUUAAGCAUUGAUUUAUUUAGUUGGUUGUCAACAAUAUAAGCACUC